CCAAAUAUCAGCAGAUUUUAUCCUGCCUGCAUGAUUGUCCUCAUUUGCACUGGUUAAUAGGGGCCAGAGAGUACACAAAGCUUUGUUACCAUAAAUGUUAGAUAUCACCUUUGUUGUAAUUGGUUUUUAAAGCAAUAAAUACAUCAUGGUACAAAUGUUGCCACUGUUACAUCAACGAGAUCAUGAGCUGCAGGCAUCCACGCUGUGAAGAAAGCAUGCUGGAACAACACUGUUUAUUUCCCAGCAUUUAUGUCCUGCUUAAUUGCAAUAAACCUCAAGGCAGUUGAGACAAGCGAUAGGACCCGUUCUGCUUCUUUGCAGGUGCCAAAACCUUUCACGCUGCCCCUGAAAUUUCUACUGUCCUUUGCUAAGACUCCAAUCUACACUGCAGUAGGAGGAGAGCCGGGCUCUGGAAAGUGAUAGGAUCGUAGAAUUGCAGAUCUGGAAGGGAACCCAAGGGUCUUCUAGAUCAACCCCCUGAAAUCAGUGCCAUGUGGGGCUUAAGUGCAGAAAACGCGGGAGCUGCUGAGACGGGCACAGAGGCAACUACCGCAGAGGUAAAGGAUUAACCAUCUCGGAUGCUUCAAGUUUCACGAUGCGACGACCGGGAGGGAGAGGGAAUAAAAGCGAGAGCGAGGAAGAGAGUUGGACGGAGAAAAGCCUAAGAGACCAGCAAGCAAAGUCUCCGAAGAGGGAACUGAGCUUUACUGCAAAAAAAAAAAAAAACCCGGACUGGCAGCAGGUAAGGAGCGCACCAAGAUCCACAAUGGUGGAAGACUUCGAGGUAGCCAUUUCUCAGGGCCAAUUGGCAGGCGCUGUGUCGCAUGUGCUGGCAAAACCACUGCACUUCUUCAACAGCACUCCGCUCCACAUUGCCAUAGUAGGAGAGCCCGGCUCCGGGAAGUCCUCCUUCAUCAAUGCCAUGCUGGGUCUUCGGGCCGAUGACCCACGUGCCGCUGCGACUGGCAUACAGAUGACGACUGUGCAAGUCAAGGAUUACCCACACCCGACACUUCCGCAAGUGAUCCUUUGGGACCACCCCGGAAGGGGAAUGGCAACUUUUGGGGAGGACAAAUUUGAGAAAAAGGUCGAUUUGAAUCACUUUGAUUUCUUCGUCAUCGUCGGCUCCCAGCGCUUCCGCUCCACCCAUUCUGACCUGGUCCAUGAGAUCCAAGAUAUGGGCAAGAGCUUCUACUUUGUGCGCACCAAAGCAGACCUGGACCUGUUGGCCGCCAAGAGGCAACAGCCAUCUGACUACAGUGAGAAGAAGGUCCUCUUGCACAUCCAGGAGGACUGCAAAGAGUGCUUGGUAAGAGAAGGAGUGAGGGACCCACAAGUCUUCAUCGUCUCCAACUGGGAAGCCGACCGCUUUGAUUUCCCCCUCCUGGAGGAAACGCUGAAGAACGAUCUCUUGCGGCUGAAGAGGCAAGCCUUUCUGCACCGCUUCCCUAGCAUCUGCCUGCCUAUCUUAGAGAAAAAGAAAACCACUGUGAAGGAGAAGAUUUGGACCAAAAGGCUUGUUUUGCUGGUCGCUCUUGGAAGCCCAGUUCCCUUCCUUCUCCCUAUAUUUCUGUUUAGUAAGUUCCGCUCCUGGUGCUUCCUAGACUUUGGCCUGGACAAUCCAUCCCUUGCAGCUCUGGCCCAGCGGGUUGGAAAGACAAGCACAGCCCUUAAAGCAGCAAUGCAGUCGCUGGGAAUCUUCUCUGCCAUUUUAUGGGUGCUGCCCGACUUGGUGGGACUCUCAGUGAUGGCUUAUGAAUAUCACUGCUGGGAGCAUUUCCCCAUCUUUGGCUGCCUUCUGUCGGGAGGGAUUUCGCUUCCUCGCACCUACUUCAUGCUGCAGAAAUGCAUAUCGGGUGCUGCUGAUGACACCCAGAGGGUUCUGUCCAAAGCUCUUGAGGCAGAGGGUAAAAAUCCAUUUAGCAGCAAGCAGAUGUGCCAUGAUGACUAAGUGCUUGAUAUAUAGUAUCUGGUGAAUUAUACCUGUUUCCAUUUUUAAAACAACCACCACCAAAAGACAUCAAAAUAAUAAUAAUCAGAUGAUCAGGUUUUUUAUUUUUAAAAUUCCAUAAUUCUUAGGCUUCUCUUUUU